CUCCCUCCUCCAGAGCCGAAAGUCCAGCAGAAGAGUCCCAAAAAGAGCUCCAGCAGCAUGCCGCUCUGCGACCCGCUCGGUCUGUGUCAGUAUCAAACCAACAAGCUGGUCCGGAUCCGAAGCGUCCGGCUCGGUUCUCUGAAGUGGAGCCUGAACGGAGCCAUUCUGCUGUUCAUCUGCGUCAUGAUGUUGUGGAACAGGAAGUACCAGGAGUUUGACCUGGUCGUGAGCUCAGUCACCACCAAGGUGAAGGGCGUCGCUCAGACCCGCCUUCCUGGCGUCGGGAACCUGGUCUGGGACAUGGUGGACUACAGCGGUCCCUCACAGGACAAAAACUCCUUCUUUGUGGUAACAAAUGUCAUCAUAACUCGGAGCCAGAAGCAGGGAAAAUGCCCAGAGGUUCCCCAUAAAGGCAGAGUCUGCCACACUGAUAAUAACUGUGAGAAAGGAGCCUGGGACCAGCAGAGCCACGGGAUCCAGACGGGAUCGUGUGUGAGGUUUGAUGCUAUGAAGAAGACCUGUGAGGUCUCAGCCUGGUGUCCAGUAGAGGCCAAGACCACGCCUCCCAGACCUGCUCUGCUGGGAGCUGCUGAGAACUUUACUGUUCUCAUAAAAAACAACAUCAGGUUUCCAGCCUUCAACUUCAUCCGAAGGAACAUCCUCCCACAGAUGAACGAUGCCUACCUCAGGAGCUGCCACUGGGGCAGCGACCCACUCUGCCCCAUUUUCAGACUGGGAGACGUCGUCCGAGAGGCCGGGGAACAGUUCUCCAGCAUGGCUGUGGAGGGGGGCGUCAUUGGCAUUCUGAUCGAGUGGGACUGUAACUUGGACAGAUUCAUGCACCGCUGCCUCCCCAAGUACUCUUUCAGACGGCUGGACGAGAAAGAGAGCAACAGGACGCUUUACCCCGGCCUGAACUUUAGGUACGCCAAGUACAAUUUGGUGAAUGGAGUUGAGGAGCGGACGCUAUACAAAGCAUUUGGCAUCAGGUUUGACGUCAUGGUGUUCGGACAGGCGGGAAAGUUCAGCUUCAUCCAGCUCAUCAUCUACAUUGGCUCAACGCUGUCGUACUACGCUCUGACGACGGUGUUCAUCGAUUGGCUGAUUGAAACCAGCUGCUACUCCGCAGAGGUUGGACAGAACUACUCGGAAAGGAAAGUGGAGUCAGUCCCAGACACGCAGCAGUGCAUCCUCUACGUUUCCUACAUCGAUGAGACAAAACUUCGACUGGUGAAGCGGUCGCACAAGAAAAGUUUACAAGACGUAAAGCCAAUGUCUGUUCAAGAAAGAAGGGAGGACGCCAGACACCUGGGGGCCGUCCUCUUUCUCCUGCAGCCGGCUGUAGGCGUGGACCAAGACGCCGCUCCCGCCCCGGCCCCUAAAGGCCGCCGGCCCUCGUGGUGCAGGUGCGGUGGCUGCUCCGCGUCCUCGCUCCUGCAAGAGCAGCUGUGUUGCAGGCGUGGCGACGGCGUCUGCAUCACCUCGUCCCCUCUGUUUGAGAAGCUGGUGCUGCGACGCCCCCUGCUGGAGGCCGUGCUGCUGCACCGGGACCCCCUGUGGGCCCCUGCGGGCGGGGCUGGGGGCGCCAUCCUGCGGCAAUGCGCCUACGAGCAGUACAUCAGCUGGAGGCUGGGGAUCCUGCCUAGCGACACGCAGCCCGCCAUCCCCAGCUGCUGCGUGGGGAGGAUCACGGCGGCGUUCCCCAGCCCGGAUGGCGCUGACAAGGAGCCCCUGAGCUCCACCUCCACAUCAGACGCACUGACGACGUGUCACUCAAACUAA